CAAGGUGAUGUUACCCGGUAUUUUAAAUGUGUAAAUAACAAGGCGGAAAUGAUAUUUUUCAGGCGAAUUAACUUCUAAGUCACAUUUCACACCACAUAAGAUCUUCAUUGAAAAUGUUCUACCCAAACCUCAGUGGAACUGAAAUGGUUUUACUUACAUUUAUUGCUGCAUUUUAUUUGGUCAUUCCUAUAUCAUCAAUAACGUAUCCGCCGUCUAUGAUUGAGAUGCCACCUACGGAUAUUGUGUUUAUACCGGGCGAGGCGAUACGUUUACCAUGUGUUGCGAGAGGUUCUCCGUCGCCAAAAUAUUAUUGGUAUAAGAAUGGACAGUACUUUAAUUGGGCUGCAAACACUGGAAGGUAUACGAAGUGGCCAGACCACGGCACCCUUGUGAUUGCUAGACCUGGUACUGACGAUGAUGGAAUGUACCAGUGCAUAGCAAAAAACCAGUUUGGUACAGCCCUGUCUGUAAUUGUGAAUGUUAAAAGAGCAGAACUUGGUGACUUUAAAGUGACAAGAGAACAAGAGGUGCAUGUUCGUCUAGGGCAGUCUGAAAAACUUUCUUGUCAAGUUCCAGUUGGUUAUCCACAACCAGUAGUUACCUGGCAAACAGAAAAGAAUGCUCAGAUUCAUUAUCUAAAGGAGACAAAUAGAAGAGCAACUGAUAUCAAUGGUUAUCUCUAUAUUGCUACAGUAAUUCAAGAAGAUGAUAAUACACUUUAUACAUGCGUAGCAAAUAAUGAGGUGCUGCGUAUCCAGAAAAGUGGUCCAUCUUAUCGCCUCCGUGUAUCAGGACAACCGUUAACUUAUCCAUUAAAGACAGAGUAUAGAUCUCCAAGAAAAGAAGAUGCUGCAGUUGGUGAUAUAAUCCAGUUAAGAUGUAUUUACAGUGGUUACCCAGAACCACUAUACACAUGGUUCAAAGAUGAUAGUGAAAAAAUAACUUUACCCAAUGUGAAAAUAAAGAAUAUGGGUACAAUGUUAGAAAUUAACCCUGUAACUCAAGAAGCUGCUGGAGAAUACAGAUGUCAAGGCUUAAAUGAAGUUACCAAGAGUACUGUGAACACCCAAUUUACCGUACAGGUUCGAGUUCGUCCACAAUUUAUCGAAAAACCUGAGGAUAUCAAUGUGCCUGUGAAUGGUUCAGUCACUUUUCGAUGCACAGCUACGGGAGAUCCUGUGCCUAAAAUACGCUGGACAAUAAAUGGUGAAGAUCCAUCGAAUUAUUUAGAUGGUGUACGUAAAGUAUUGCAUGGAAAUACUAUGCAGUUAAACAAUUUAACAAUUAAAGACAGUGCAGUUAUUCAGUGUAAUGCAUCAAAUAAAUUUGGUUAUGCUUUUACUAACGCCUAUGUAAAUGUUAUGCGUGAAGCACCAUACUUUAUCAAGCCACCAGAAGCAGUUGUACGAGCAGUUGACGGGAACAAAAUUACGCUAUUUUGUCAGACAUUUUCAGCACCGAAAGCUCUUAUAUCAUGGACUAAAGACAGAAGACCAAUUAAUGGUGGUCGAUACAAAAUUCUCCCAUCAGGUGAUCUGUUCAUUGAAUCCGUAGCUAUAACAGAUUCUGGUGUCUAUGAAUGCACAGCAACAAAUCCAUUUGGAAGUCAAAAAGCUUCUGGACAAUUAUUAGUAAGACGUAAGACAAAAGUGGUGCUUGCUCCGAUUAAUACAAGAGUAUAUGAAAAUGAUGUUGUAAAAUUUGUUUGUACUGCUGAAACUGAUCCAGCUGAAUUGUCUAACUUGAAAGUUACCUGGUAUAAAGAUGAUAAUUAUAUUGACCCGGAUAUAACUCCAAGAAUUCAACAAGUUUGGUUUGAUUAUGCGCUAGUUUUAAGUGGUGCUCAACCACGUGAUACUGGACAGUAUCGUUGUAAUGCUAGUAAUGGAUUAGAUUUUGCUACAGCAACUGCACCACUGCUUGUUCAAGGUCGACCAGAACAAGCAAUUAAUGUGCAAGUCAAUUGUGUUGAUUUCAUUAAAGAGGAAUUGGCACUUGUUACUUGGUAUCCAGGAUCAGACAAUUAUGCUCCUAUUAUGGAGUAUAUGGUUGAAUAUUCAACUCAAUAUGAACGUGAGACUUGGUAUCCAGCUGAAAUUUUUAAUCUGACUGGUUUAGUUCAAAGUACUUCAGUGAAGGUUGUAUUAAGACCAAAUAUUGAAUAUAAAUUUCGUGUUCGAACAAGAAAUCGUGUCGGUGUAUCAUUACCUAGUCUACCGACAACAGAAACAUGCGGCAUUCCUGGACGUGUACCAUCAGUCAAUCCGAAAGAACUUUAUGUAUUUGGAACAAUAGGAAAUAACUUAGUUAUUCGAUGGACAACUCUUCCGUAUAUAGAACAUAAUGGAAAUAAUUUAGGCUAUAUACUAACUGUUCAAUGCUUGAAUUGUGCUUCAGUUCCACAAGAUGCAAUAAAUAGUACAACAAUCGGGGAUUGGAGAACUGAUCGUAUUGUCUAUACUUCAUUUAAAGCUGGUACUUUAGUUUCAGAGAUUGAACCAUAUAAAUUAUUUCGUGUAACUAUUAAAAGUCGUAAUGAAAAAGGUGACAGUACUCAAUCACCUACUGUGGCAUUAGGUUAUUCUAGUGAAGCUAUGCCAACAGUUGCUCCACCUGCUCCAGUUCUAUUAAAUACAACUUCACAAGGAAUUCUUCUACGGUUGAAAGUAAUAGAAGCUAAUGAAAAGGCUAAUAUUAGAGGAUUUUUCCGUGGUUACCGAAUUGAAUGGUGUGAUGCAAGUUUAGAUGCAACAAAAUGUGAUGCUAAAAAGCAGUUCAGAGAUUUAAUAUUUCAUGUACCCAAUACUCCUGUACUUUAUACCAACCGUCGACGAAGAUCAGUGGAUGCAAUUUCAGAAACAGUGAAUCAUCCAACUACAUCUGAAGGUGAUAUGUUUCACGCGUAUGAAUCACUUUUAGAGCGCUAUCUUCCUGCAUCUACAAAAGCCUAUUAUCGAUGGCUUAUGGGUUCACUGGUGACAGAAGUUCCUAAUCCGAUUUGUGAAAGUACACCAAGACGAAAUAUAUCUUGUCCAGGAGCCGGUUUAUUUCCAAGAGCUGCUCAGUCGCCCUCUGUUCUUGGAGAUGCUUACAGUAUGUUAGUUGCACGCAGAAGGCGUCAAGCUGUUCCCUCAGCUAAUCCUUCAAGUAGUCAAUCAAUUCCAGCUGACGUCCAGUCGGGUGCACUAAUAGACUAUCUACUCACAGGAGUUCCUGGUGCAACAAAUAUUAAAUUAUGGCUAAGAAUUUUAACUAAUAAGUAUGCAGGUCCAGCAAGUCCUAUUAUUGAGUUAACUACACCUGAAGGUGUAUCUGGACCAGUAACCAAUUUAAAAUCAGAUGCAAUCAGUGUUAAUUAUGUGGAUGUGUCAUGGUCUUUACCAACUGAACCCAAUGGAUAUAUAACCGGUUAUGAAUUGGAAGCUAUGGAAUUGAAUGGAUUGGAUAUUGGCUAUGGAUUCCGUUACCCUCGGAUUACAGACAACAUGACAACAUCUUAUCGAAUGUCUCGGCUAAAAGGGAAUACAACAUACCGUAUAACUGUAUCACCGACUACUAAAGCUGGUCUUGGCGUUGAUAAUUUCAUUGACAUACGAACUGCUCCAAGUGAUCAAGCUCCAAGUCCACCAACAUUUGUUAUCACUCGUGUUACUGAGACUGGUUUCACUGUUAUCUAUGAACCUAGUCAUAAUGGUCAACCGGGAACUGUAUUCUUUGUACAAUAUCGUCAACCUGGUAUAGUUCAUUGGUUAGAAUCAGUUCGUACAUUUAUUAAUCGGACAAUAACUGUUGAUGCACUUAUGUCAGAUACAACAUAUGCAGUUCGAAUGGUUGCUACGAAUGGAGAUGUUUUGUCAGCAACAAGUGAAGACAGACUGAUACACACUUUAGGCGGUCCAAGUCCAGGAAGUUUAGCUGGUGAUAGUGGAACAUGGUUUAUUAUUGUCUGUACUUUACUGCUUUUCUUCACUGCUCUGCUUAUUAUUCUAAUACUUGUACGCAAAAAGAGACUUGAAGAGGUUCAAAAGAAAGCGAACGCUCCACUGCUUGAAUCACAUCAUUCAUUAUUGAGUCCUGAAUAUGCUCAACCAGAAGAUCCAGAUGCUCAAAUUUUAUAUCAUCUCCCAGGAGCUGCUUAUCCUGAUUUCUCGAGAACACGUCAACCAUCACGUGAACAAAUGUCACGCUCCAUUGACGAUGGUGUAGAUGAAAAUGAUAGUGAAGAUCAAUGGUCACCCAGUGAAUCUGAAGGGGUUCGAAAUCGUAGACAACCAAGAGAAGAAAACAAUGAGCCUGAAUCAGAAUUUGAAAGAUCCCCAGGACCUAGUGACAGUGAAAUGGGACCGGAUAGUUAUGCCGGCUCACCACAGGCUAUCCCUCUACUACCGUUACGCAAUUCACGACCUCUACCACCAAGACAUCGAAGUCGAAGUCCAGAAAACAAUAAUUCAUCAAGUCAAUCACACAUUACAGGCGAUCCAACAAUAAUCUAAAUAACUUAUUGUAGUAUUUUUUUCAAAACUCUGUCUUUGUUUUGUAUGAAAAACACGACUUUAGUAAUUAUAUUGCCUUUUUUAUAUCAUGCCUUAUAUUGCACGUGAUUAAAACUAAUUGCGUUUGUAUCAAUUAGGAAAUUAUUCAUUUUUGAAGGUGUUUAACCAUCCGGUUGUGAUAUUUUGAAUGUGCAACUAAAAUGUAUAUUUCAAACAGAAUAAAAAGAUCAAUUGACAGUAAAGUAGUUAUUCUGUUUUCAGGUGUUUUUAUGCGUGAAUAAAAUGGAAG